AUGCGGGCGAGGCAAGACGACGCGCUCUGCAGCGCCUUCUACAGGAGGGCUCGCGCGGCCAAAACUGCUGAAGAGGCCCCCAACGCCGCGCUUCCCCCCCUGCGCGGCUACGUAGGGUACAACAGCCGCUCUCGGCCUCAGGCCCGUAACCCUUCUUCAGGCGAGGCCCAAGACUGGGAAUAUCUUUACAAGACAGUAAACGCAGAAAGAAACAGACUUGAAUAUGAAAACAAGGCCAUUGGAGCCAGCCUGGAAGCUCUUUUCCAGAAGAACUAUGCGGCUGAAGUGCAGCUGCGGAACUUGCGGGCUUACGCUACGCGCUGCGCGGGGCUCUACGCGCCCAACGCCUCCGACGCAAAAGAACUGGUGACCCUCGUGGCCAACAUUUUGGGGCUUUUGGGCAGCAGCACAGCAGAGCCCAUCAUCUCCCGCGUUCCCGAAAUCCUCGCCAUGGUUGCGGCCUGCCCAGUGCACGACCGGCGGCUUUACGCAGCCACGGAGCAGCUAAAACGCAAAGCUGGGGACUGUGGCUUGGCCGCUGCAGCGGGCGCGAAAAAGCCGCAGACUUCUGAGAUUGGCUCCGAUGGAGCCAGCCUGGACCUGCGGUGGCUGGCGGCGGCGACAAAGGACGACGCGUGGCUGCAGAUGAGCGACAGGUGGGAGUUUUGCCCCCUUGACCUCCGCUGGCUGGCCGUGGCCACCAACGACAGGUCUUGGCUGCUGAACAGAUUUGUGUGGAAAAGAAGUCCCCGGGACUUGAAGUGGAUGGCGGCAGCCACUUACAACAGAGAGUGGCUGCUCCUGGGGGCCUCCGACCGGUGGCAAGCGACUCCCCCCGCAAUAAAGCUGCGAGCCAUUGAGGCACAAGACCCCAGCAUUGUGCGGCCCUCCAUUUCGGAGGCCGCCCAGUACACUUUAGAAACCCGACUCCGCGCGGACAUUGAACAGGAAGUGGCCGCACGAGAAGCGUACAUGCAAAGAGAAAAGGACGGGGAGCGGAGGGGCCCCCUGAGCGCCCAGGGCUCAGCACUUUCUGCAGCAGACUUGACAGCAGAGCCCGAAAGCAGAAAGCCCUUCUCCAGCCUUCCUGUGGCGGGGGCCCCCAAGCAGGGCCCCGGGGAGAAGGCCGGGGGGGCCGCCGGAUUCCCCAAAGAGGGUACGUUGAAGGCCUCGAAGCCCCCCAGCCCCAACAGUGCCCCUCCCCCUUCUGAGCCGUUUAAGCCCAAGUUCGGCACUGUGCCCAUAAAGAGGCCCCCGGAGCAGGACUCUCCAGCAGCAGCAGCACCACCAGCAGCAGGAGCCAAGGCUGCAGCAAAAGGCCCCGAGGCCGCCAAAUCAGGGCCCCCGGGAGCCGCCGGCAAGGGCCCCCUGGGGGCCAAGGGGGGGCCCCCAGGGGAUGCAGCCAAGGGCCCUGGGGGGCCCCCAGGAGUCAAAACUGUCCCAUCUCCAGCAGCAAAAAAAGAUGCAGCUGCUGCAGCGCCGCCAGGGGCCAAGCCGGCCAGUACCCUGCCAGCCAAGACGGGGGGCCCCUCGCCGGCCAAAGCCGAGGGGCCCCCCACGGCCCAGACCAAGGGGGCCCCCAGCGCCAAAGGCGAGGGGCCCCUGGCAGCAAAGGGGAAAGAACCUUUAGCUUCAAAGGCCGAGGGGCCCCCAGCAGGCAAAGGGGGCUUGCCCCCAGCAGCAGCUAAGGGGAAGGGGACCCCUGGGGCCAAGGCGGAGGGGCCCCCAACAUCUAAACCCGAUGGCCCACCAGCCCCCAAAACCCUCACGGCCCCAGGGGCCAAGACCACCCCUGUGGGCGGAAAGACCAGUGGACCUCCUGGUCCUCCGGGUGCGAAGGGAGAUGGAUUACCGGGGCCUCCAGCGGCCAAAGGCGAGGGGCCCCCCUCGGCUGCGAAAGGGGGGCCCCCAGCCCCACCGGGAGCCAAACCGGGGGCCCCCCAAGCGGGCAAACCUGCGGGGCUGCCUGCAGCAACCCGGACUGUUCCUGCAGUUACUUCUAAAUCUCUGUCUGCUCCUCCGGGUAAGUCUCCUGGCGCGCCUGCCGGCAAAGCUGAAGGAGAAGGGGGGCCCUCACCGGGGAGCCCCCCAUCGAAGCCUCCAGCAAAGGCUCCAACGGGGUCCCCCUCGGGGUCCCCUACCGCACCCGCCUCCACAGGUUCCCCGAAACCCUCGUCGGGGCCCCCGUCAAAGCCCCCCUCGAAGGCCCCCACGGGGCCCCCCACGGGGCCCCCCACGGGGGCCCCCACGGGUCCCCCGUCGUCGAAGCCCCCCUCGGGUGCCCCUACGGGGCCCCCAUCAAAGGCCCCAGCAGGAACCCCAUCGAAGCCUCCAGGGGGGCCCCCGUCGGGGCCCCCGUCAGGGCCCCCUGGAGCGAAGAAGGGCCCCCCUCUCUCAAAAGGGGCUGAGUCCUCUCCUGCAGCAAAGAGCAGCGAAGACGGCGAAGCAGCUAAAAAGGCUCCGGGGCCUCCGGGGAAAGACACGGGGGAGCUGAAGUCCAAGGGCCCACCUCUUUCGAAGGCCUCUCUCCCAGGCGCUCCCACCCCCCCCGGAGGGGGCCCCCCAAAAGCCCCCCAAAAGACUGCAAGUCCUCCCCCUGCGAAGUCUGAGACGGAAAAGGCAGGGGCACCGCCAGCGCCGCCUGGCGCCAAAGACAAGGCCCCUGGGGGCCCCCCAAAGGGGCCCCCAGGAGGGCCCCCAGGGGGACCCCCAGGAGGGCCUCCUAAGGGGCCACCAGGGGGCCCCCCAGGGGGGCCCCCAGGAGGGCCUCCUAAGGGACCAUCGGGGGGUUCCCCAGGGGGGCUCCCAGGAGGGCCUCCUAAGGGGCCACCAGGGGGGCCCCCAGGGCCCCCUAAGGGUGCUGGAGGGCCUCCUUCACCUCCAAGCAAGUCCCCAGGGCCUCCCAGUGAUAAAGCAGGGCCCCCACCAGGCAAGCCGAAAGGGCCCCCUGGGCCCCCCCCUAAAGCCUCGACAGCCCCAGCAGCUUCUAAAGGGCCUGAGGGGCCCGCCACCCCACAGGAAAAGGCACCAGUGGCCCCCCCGAAAGAGAAAGGAGCUCUUCCCCCGGGGAAGCCAGCUGCCCCUCCUUCUGCAGCAAAACUUCCUCCUGCCCCCGCAGGCAAGGGGCCCCCGGAGGCCUCCCCUCCCCCGGGGAAGGGGGCCCUCCCCCCAAAAGGGGGCCUUCCGAAGGCCCCACCAAAGGCUGCAGCAGAUGCAGCAAAGGCUGCAGCAGAUGCACCAAAGGCCGCAGCUGAUGAAACUUCCAGCCCCCCAGAAGGAAAGGCCGCCAAAGCAGCUACAGGGAAAGGACCGCCAGCGCCACCCCCCUCGGGGCCCCCCAAGAAACUCCCAGCUCCAGGGGGAAAACUUCCAGGCGGUCCUCCGAAGUUGCCGCCUGGCCCCCCAAAACCAAAGAGCUAA